AUGAUUUCGAAGAAGAAAGAUGGGCUGGAAAAAUUCGAAGAUGAGAUAGUUUCGAAGUCUCAGGUUUGGAUAAAUGUGAAGAAACAGAGGAAGCUUGAUACAAAAUUGAUCCAUAAUAUUUUGAAGUCUACCAGAUCGCUAAUAAUUUCUAAGAAAUGCAAUUUGAAAUCUGUUGCAUCCAUAUUAGACUCAGUAAACUAUUUGGAAUUAUAUUUAUGGGAAAAUGUACUGGAAGAUUCAACAAAUGAUCAUAUAAUCUCGAUAGCAUUAAUUUUUAAAUUAAAAUCUCUAAUAGAAGUCCCAAUUUGGUCAGUAAUUGAUGAUGCAAUGAAAUUCAAGAUUUUGGUAAAAAGAGUGUUUAUGUUAUUACUCUCAAUAUCUUUACAGCCGUCAAUCCUCCCAAAAGACAUUUUUAAUUUGAAAUACUUGAUAUCUUUUGUUGAUUUGUUAGUGAAUAAUUUGGACAAUGCAGCAAUCCGCAAACAAAUAGCACCAUUUUUCUCGAUCGGCUUGUUCUCUAACUUAGCCAAUGCUGAACAGCUAUUAAAUCAAUACCCAUUCCUCAAGAAAAGUUACAACUCUUUAGAAAAGAAAUUGGCUAAAGCCCAGGAUAAAUCAGAGUUAAAUUUCCAAAGAACCUGGUUCUAUUCAUUCAUCGAUAAUUACCAAAAGUUACUAUUUAGCGCCAGAUCCAAAGGAAUUUCUCAUGAAGAUAUGAUAGAAUACAAUAAUAGCGUGUUUUGUCUACUUAUAGAUAUUAUCUCUCAGCUUCCGACAAGAAGAUUUGCAAACACAAUAUUGAAAGAGAUGAAUUUGAUGGCAACAAUCCAGUCAUCUGCAACUUACAGAGAUGAGCGGUUGAAUAAAAGCAAUUCAUUUUACAUGGAGCUGCUAAAUCUUUUAAAAGAGUUCAUUUACUUCCCAAUAGAUGACUUUAGUGGAUUGAACAAAACAGAGGAUCUAAACAAGUCUGCUUAUGAACUAAUCGAGACACUAAAACAGGUUGCACAUGUAUUUAUGCCAGAUCGUCUUAAAGGAUUGACACACUCUUCAUUGUCUGAGAUUACUGAUAAUGAUAUUUUUCAUACAUACUUUAAUGAUUUAUCUCUCGAAGAAGUAAUGGAAUUCUCUCGAAAGUUGGGCAUUGAUACCUGCCAAUUACCAAAAGACAUGUCUUUGAUGAUUGAAUCAAUUUAUUUUAAGUUCAUCGGACAAGUCUGUUUUUCAUCCAUUAAUAAACACCAGGUUUAUUUGCCAACAGAAAGAGAUAUCUUAAAGAACUUUUUACUUUUCGAUGAGGAUGCUGGAACUGAGAUUUUAUCAAGGCCUUUAUAUAAAUUAGGCUCUCAGUACUUAAGUUUCAAUGAUUUUCUUAACAGAAAUUUCCAUUUAUACUGCCAGGAAUCAUUCUAUCAAAUUAGAAAUGACAUUGAAAAUGUUAUCAAUAGGUUAAAGGUCAAGAAAUCUAAUAAGAAUAUUGAAGGGGAUAAUUGGCAUUUUGCAGGGACUAGUAAAUAUGCUUUAAAAAUAAAACCUUUAGAGAUAUUAGACGUCUCUCCUGUGUCAAUUGAGUCUAAGCAUCCAUCUUAUGUUAAAGCUGAGGUUCAGUUUCACUAUCACAAAUUGCCUAGAAACUUUGCCGAAGAGUGGGACAGUCUAAGUAAGGAUGAAGUGGUGUUCCUUGUGAGUUUGGAAGAGCCUUCUAAGAAUCCAAAAAACUAUUUGGAGAAGUAUGGUAUUAAACAUAUGGUAUCCGCUACCGUGAUUGAAUUACUCGAUGGACAUGGUCAACCUUUGAAAGAGAGCAAAAUGGAGAAUCAAAAUGAAAAUCCUAGAAAUAACAAAUAUAGAAGACUUUAUGUCAAUAUGGAUCCAUAUGUGUUUAAUAAUGAUGAUAAAGAAUUAUAUGGUACCUUCAACGCAAUCAUUAGAAGAAAAAAAAAGGAAAAUAAUUUCUGUAUGAUUUUAGAAAGUGUCAGAGCUUUAUUAUCUUCGGAAAUAAACCUACCUAAUUGGAUUGCCGAUAUUUUGUUAGGGUACGGUGAUCCUACUGGUGAAUCUUAUAAGAAUCAACAUCGUCGCGCUUCGAUUUUAGAUUUCAGUCAUGUUUUUGACUCCUUCGAUCAUUUGAAAGAAUGCUUGCCUAAUUAUGAAAUUUCUACACAAUAUGGCGGUGAUGCUUCGAAUAAGAAGAGAAAAACAUCAGAAAAGCCUUCAGAUGAUCCGUCUAUUGAACCACCUUUCAUGCUCGACUUUGGAAAUGGGGACCAAAAGAAAGUCAACGUUUUACCAUUUAAGGCCCACAAUUAUAAUCAACUAAUCUCAGGAAGACAAGGAAAACUAGACUUUAGACCAUUAGUUCAUUUCACAAAAAGUCAAGUGGAUGCCAUUAUUUCUGGAUUGUCCCCGGGUCUCACAUUAAUUUUAGGACCGCCAGGCACUGGCAAAACUGAUGUGGCCACACAAAUUGUUUCCAGUAUAGUUCAAAAUUUCAGUUUUGAAAAGACAUUGAUCAUAACUCACAGUAACCACGGUUUGAACCAUAUAUUCACUAAGAUCAAUGAUUUAGGAACUAUUGAUGGCCAACAUUUGUUACGAUUAGGUCAUGGCGGGCAAUAUUUGUAUGGUGACAAGGAUGAGGAAUCAUUCAGCAAAUUUGGUAGAGUAGAAAACGCUCUUAAUGAUAUACCAAUACUCCUUGAUAAAGUCAAUAAACUUUCGGAAUCUUUAUCCAUUGAAGGGUACCAUGGCAAUAGUUGCGAGACUUCUUUGCUUUUCUUUAACGUGUAUAUCAAGAGGCUCUGGAAAAGUUUCUUAUAUGAAUUGAAAGAGAAUCCUAAUUCUAAUGAAGUUCUAAUUAACAAAUUUCCAUUUAAGAAAUUUUUGCACGAAGAGUUUAAAACUGCAAAUUUGUUUGAUGAAAGUGCUGAGUUCAAAGAAAAUGUCUCCGAGGCUGCUUAUUAUUACGGAUGUGUUGCAACAUUAUUUGAAAAACUACAAUCUUAUAGACCUUUCGAAGUAUUGAGGAGUUCUAAAGAAAGAUCAAACUACAUGCUAGUGAAGCAGGCUAAAGUCGUGGCAAUGACAGCUACUCAUUUGGCAAUGAGACUCAAGGAAUUCAGGGAGCUUGGUGUUGAGUUUGAUACCAUAAUAAUCGAAGAAGCAGGGCAAUUAACGGAACUAGAAUCCUUUUUGCCAUUAGCCUUAACAGGAUCUUCUUCUAAUUCAUUAAAAAGAUUUAUUUUGAUUGGUGAUUAUAAGCAGAACUCUCCGAUUAUUCAAAACAAAGUUUUGAGUGAUUAUAGUAAUUUCAACCAUUCUUUGUUUGAGAUUUUUUGCAAGAUGGGAGUUCCUACGAUCCAACUUUCUGAUCAAGGAAGAUCAAGAGAAUCCCUUUGUGACCUUUACAGUCAUGUUUAUGAAACCAGCUCCAUGAAAAUAAACACGUUGCCGAACAUGAAAACUGAUGAUUUUACCUACGCCAACCCAGGCUUUGGAAGAGUUUACCAGCUCAUUGACGUUGAUAAGUUUCAAGGCAAGGGAGAACUAGAACCAACGCCUAAUUUUUAUCAAAAUUUGGGGGAAGCAGAAUACGCAGUGUCUUUGUAUUCUUAUAUGAGGCUUUUAGGAUAUCCAAAGGAAAAGAUUGUUAUUUUGACAAUGUACGCUGGUCAGAAAUUCCUUAUUGAAGAUAUUUUAAAACAAAGAUGUGGUAAGUCUAAAGAAGGUUCCCAAGAUGAUUUUGAAGGGUUUACGUUUGGGCAUCCUGAAGUGAGCACCGUUGAUAAUUAUCAAGGCAGAGAAGCCGAUUAUGUUAUCUUAUCCAUUGUUAGGACUAAAAGAUUAGGAUAUAUUAGAGACAUCAAAAGAAUGACAGUGGCAUUAUCGCGGGCCAAACUUGGAUUAUAUGUUUUGGGCAAUGCAAAAUUACUCAGUACCGCAGUUGACCCAGAAUUAAAACAAAUGAUUUCUAAAUUAGUGAGGAGGGAACCAGAUGGGAAUCAUUUGGAUAUUGUCACUGGCGAGUUGUUUAGUGAUAAAUCAAAGAGAGAGGAAGUGAGUAUGGUGGAUAAAAACAAUUCCAAAUCCUUCAAGAACAUUGAGGAGUUUGGGAAAUACGUGUAUGACAUGACAAUUGAGAAAUUGAAUAAGUAA